AACCCCGAUCAAGGCACUGACUGAGUGAGUGACUGAGUGAGUGAGUGAGUGAGUGAGAAUCCGAGCAAUUAUUGACUUGUCAAGAGUGGCAGAAGAGGAGAUUUUUUCGUUUGAUCUUCUCCCAGUUGGCCAAGGGUUGUCCACGUGGAAAGGUCUUCUGAUCUCGAGUAGACACGGUCGGACAAUUGAUUAUUGAGACGUCAUGACAGGCAUCAAAUUAGUGGUUCUCAUCCUGACUUGUUGGGACCUGUGGCCCUCAGCUCGAUCCCAAUACUAUCCCGGAGGAUUUUCGAACUCAUAUUCGCCCUCGUCUUCAGCCUCAUUUUCCAGUGGAGAAAGCGGUUCAUCUUCUCCAUGGACGACUCGAGCUCGCUAUCCAUCCCAAACCAAGAGCUCGUUCCCUGGAAAUCCCACCUUUGGACAACGUCAGGGCUAUGGAUUUGGCCGCCCCACUACCUUCAGUGGAUCUUCCAGUGGUUUUGGCGAUAAUUCGGGUUAUUCGGGCUCCUUGGGAUCUUCUUUGCCGUCGUCGUAUUACUCCCAACCCAGUUAUUCCUCGGUGUCCAAUCCCGCCUAUUCUUCCUCCCCCUCGGAUUCUUACUCCAAUCCUAGUUUCUCCAAUGACUUGGAUGGAUUCAGCUCGGUUCCCACCAAUUCCAAACCACAGAGCUUCAGUCAAAAUUCGGGAUCUUUCAGCUCCAACACGGGUGUAUUCAGUUCCACCUCCAAUUCCGGGGGAUUCAGCUCAAAUACGGGUGGUUUUUCCUCGAACACCAAUCAAGGUUUCCCAUCGACCUCGAGUUCCGGAGGAUUGAGUUCCAGUACUCCCGAUGAAAAUGGGUUUUACAUCAAGUACCCUGACCAAGAGACCGGACAGCAAUACUUCGAAGGCGACACUUUGGUCAUCAAAGACUUAUCAGACACCUACAGCAGCUACAACAACCAAGAGCAACAAGAUCUCACAGCAUUGCCCACUCCCAAGCCUCCCUCCAAUGUCGUGAAGAUCAUCGGCCCCAAUGGCCAAGUGUCCGAGACAAUCGUGACCCCCAGUGCAGAGGACAAUUCGAUUCCGAACUCGUAUCUCCCACCUCCGGAAGUGAUUUCGAUUCCCUCAUCUCCAUCUUCGCCUCUCCUUCAACCACUUGAUUUGGAAGUGCCGACCGCUCAAACCGAUCCCAAUCUGGGUCCAAUUGCGAGUCCCUCGGACAAUGAAACUGCCUCCGAGGGUUUAGACUCACCCAGUAUUUCUAUCGAUCAAGGAAAAGAACCGGGGAUCGAAACUACCCCAGCAAAAGACCCCGAGGGAGAUAUUGAUGUCAACUUUGGACAGGACCUGGGGGAAAGCAAUUCUCUAAAUUUCGAUGGAGAAGUAUACGCCUUUGAUGGCCCAAGUGAGGCUCCCCAAGAGAUUGACAAUGCCGUCGAUGAGAAUGAUCUUAGCAUCACUGAGAAGGAACCGACUCCUGACCUGGAGCCAUCUAACCUAGAUGAACUCACUUUCGGCAAGCCAAGUGUCAACAGUUUGGAUCUGAAUGACAUCCCUGUGGAACCAGUGAGACAAGCCAGCGACACCACCUUUGUUACCGUCACGGACGAACCAAGUGGUUCCAUGUGUCCCAACAACGCUACAUGCAUCAGGUGGAUCCAUUGUAAGAGCAAUAAUGGCAAAUUUGCUGGCAUGUGCGGUUUUGGUGAGUUCAACGUGUGCUGCAUGUCAGACCGGGAUCUUUCCCAUUUGGUCGGAGUUCAUCAUCCCACCCCUUCGGAAACCACAACUAGGAGAAUACCCGUUCCCAAUGUCCCUGAGCAAGAGCUACCCAUUUCAAGCACUUCUGAAGCAGCGCCACAGGAUGUUAGUGGAUCCACAUCGACCAGUUCUACCACCCCGACAGGUUCCACCACCGACGCAAUCCCAAUCACAUUUAGUACUGCUUCACCUACUAUCACCACGGAAGUAACAACAACAACUACAGUUGCAUCCACCACAGCCUCAACAACGACAACUUCUAUCACCACUCCAGUCCCAACCACACCUACAACACCAACAAAUCCUGCAGUCACAUCAUCAACGCCACGAUCAACACCCACGACUCAACCAAGCUCCAUCGUCCCGACAGACACCUCAACAGCGGCAGUGUUCCAACCUCCUGUUCAGACGCCCUCCGACCACACCUUCUAUCAGAUUCCCAGCCAAGAGUACACCAAACCUUUCACUUAUGAUUACACCAAAUUCAUGUCUUCAUCCACGAGCGGCGAUAGUUAUCAUGCCAAUCAUCAUCACAAAUACAAGUAUCCCACGUAUGCUCCUCAUACAUCCAAGAUCCCGGAUUUUGGAAGCGCCCUCUACUCUUCGCAGAGCACCAUCACAAAAGUGAAGGACAAGGCUCGGCCUCAAGGUUUUGACGAAGCCUUGUUCAGCCAACCGCAAUCCACAACUACCACCGCUUCUACCACCACUAAAACAACGACCACGACGACCUCAAAGCCAACCAGGACCCGGUUCAAAGUGCGACCGUUCGCAUUUGACACCAAUCGGUUUGGUUUCGGCAAUAACGCCCCGUCUUGCUCGGCAGCCAUGCUUUGCGUUAAAAAGAGUUUUUGCUCGUUACUGGGGGAAGUAAUGGAGAAACCACAACAGCUGUCGGACAUGGUAAGGCUCUUCUCGGGGGUGCCUUUAAUCACUUGUAAUCCCGUGCGGAAAUCGUCUGCCCAGCCCUCUGACGAAAGCAACAGCGUGGACAGUGGCGGCGACCAAGAUGAAAUCCACGUGUGUUGUCGGGACACAAAUUACUUCGAUCCAUGGCCUUAAAUUUCAAUCAGUCUUGGCAUGAACUCUUGUUAUAUUUAAGACAUUUUACUACGGGUAUUGUUGUAUGAGAACAGCCGAUACGACCUCAUUCAAAAUACAAAUUAAAGAAGAUACAAAAAUGCUGUUUACUUGGCACAACAUUUCAAUUGUUAUCGCAUUGGAAGUAUAAUGUAAUACAUUUGAACAAAAUCAGCAUGUUCAUCGCAUUGGAAGUAUAAUGUAAAAAACUUGAACAAAAUCAGCAUUUUCAGGCCUUCUACGGUUCCAGGCAAUUAUUCAAAACCGUGCAAUUGAGUAUUCGACCCCACAUCAGAAUUGUCACUAA